AUGUAUAUUAGUAGGCGUCGCGUCAUUACUCGUCCUGCCGCUCAACGAAUAUUCGCGCGAAACCUACAUCUCCGAGAAUGCUUACUACCGGGUCAGGUACAUACCUAUUUCGCAGGAUCGGAGCAGAAUAUCUUUAGAGGGUAUAAGAAGGAACUUGAGAGUGUGAUUUCUGGCUCUGAGAAUGCCGGUCAAGAGGAGUGGGAGAUUGCGUCAGACAUGGUGCAGGGAAUAUUUCGUGCAGCGGGAUUAAAAGUUGCGACGCAGAGUUAUGAGUAUUCGUCCGCAGGGAAUGUGCUCAAAGGACAGAAUGUGUAUUCAAUUAUACAUGCGCCGAGGGGGGAUGCUACGGAGGCGAUUGUGUUGGUUGCUGCGUGGAGGACGAUUGAUGGCGAACUUAAUUUGAAUGGGGUUACGUUGGCGUUGAAUUUGGCUAGAUAUUUCAAGCGAUGGUCUCUCUGGUCGAAAGAUAUCAUCUUUCUAAUCACACCGGACAGCAAAGCCGGAUCUCAAGCAUGGGUUGACGCUUAUCAUGAUAUGCAUUCAGCGUCUGCACAACCAUUACCCUUAAAAAGUGGCGCGUUGCAAGGCGCCUUGGUGAUUGAAUACCCAUUCGACCACCGCUUUGAAUCUUUGCAUAUCGUCUACGACGGCAUAAAUGGGCAAUUGCCAAAUCUCGAUCUCAUCAACACCGCCGUCUCGAUUGCCGGGGGACAAAUGGGUAUCGGGACCAGUCUUCAAGAAAUGUGGAAUCACGACGAUAGUUACGAAAAACGUCUCGAGACUAUGCUUCGGAGUAUGGCUAAACAAGGCUUAGGUCUUGCUGCAGGCGCUCAUAGCAGUUUUAUACCCUAUCAUAUUGACGCUAUUACCCUGCAGACCAAGGGGAACGGUUGGCAGGACGAGAUGGCUCUUGGUCGAACGGUAGAAGGAUUAUGUCGGAGUUUGAAUAAUUUGCUUGAACAUUUGCAUCAGAGCUUUUUCUUUUAUUUGUUGAUGCAUACUAAUCGGUUUGUGAGUAUCGGGACGUAUUUGCCUAGUGCCAUGCUCGUGGCGGCGAAUUUUACGAUUAUGGCUGUUGCUUUGUGGUUGAGGACGGGGUAUGAGGAUAGAUUGGUCGCUGUUGGUCAACGACAGAAGAUUUCAUCGACAGACGAAAAGUCUGCUACGGCUGAGACUGGGUUGAAUGGUAUCUCGGAGCGCAAGUUGUCGGUUCCAUUGACUGUCGUGGCUGUUCUACACUUUCUAGGCAUUGUGCCUUUGUAUAUCUUGACCAGCGUUUCUUCCAAAUACUUCGUCCCUUUUACCUACGCCAUCCUGCUACUGACUAUAACCCUCCCAUUCCUCAUCAGCCUCGCACUCUGCAAACUGUUCAUUCCGCAACCGCAAACCUUUUACCUACUCAAAUCAUUUUCAUUGCUAUUACUCGGCUUGUUCCUCAGUGCAUUGGCAACACUCAACUUUUCGCUUUCAUUUAUCAUCGGGCUACUAUGCGCACCGUUAAGUUUCGUGGGAACACCGGCAAAAAUAACGCCUAAGGCGAAAAAAUCGCCAAAAGAUUUAGUAGUUCCUUCCCUGUCCCUUAUUCUGUUGAAUGCUUUGUCUCCUCCUGCGGUUCUCCUCGCUGCAUGCGCGUAUAGCGGCGUUUCGGUACAGGAGGUUCUUUCGCAGGCUGCUUUUGGGUGGGAUGUAUGGGGUCUCUGGACGCCGGUUGUGGUGUGGUGUGUGUGGUGGCCUGCUUGGAUGAUGGGAGCUGUAUGUGUUGGGGGUUCUUUUCUUGUCUAACCCAUUAAUAUAUCGGUACAUUGUACCAUAGUGGAAAUAUAUCGUAUUGGACGUAAUCUAUUG